AUGAGCCCAGCCUGCGGCUUGUUGCUCAUCUUUCUGACGCUGCAGAUUACCGAUGCCCGACGUACGCUGAGGGACCAUGGACUUGCAGGCUCGUUCAGGCAUGGUACAUCACCAUGGAACGCGCGUGGAAGCCUGGGCGGAGCUCCGAAUGCACCCAUCACAGCGUUCGUCGGCCCCUCGGGUGGGCGCUUGGAGUCAUUCAACAGCAGGCUGCGCAAUUCAAGCAACAGGCUGCAGCCCAUAAAGGCGAUAUCGCGCACGGGAGUAUGCGUGCCUGAGGAUGUAGGUCUCUAUGGACGGACUGUGGUGGCGUACGAAUGCCUGUACUCCAAAGACGGCAGGACGCAGACGGGCGACGAGUGGGAACGAGAACAGAUAGAGGCAGCGAAUGCCCAAGCACCGAAGAAGUUGAAAAAGCCUAAGAAGGAGAAGCUUAGCAAGAGUACGGAUGAAACUGCUGCCGAACCGUACAAGCGCUUCAUAUUCCCACCGCCUUACAACACCACUGGGAUGCUGCUGAGGGAAGGCGAACCGUAUCUGGUGCUCUCCACGUGGCUCCCGGGCGUUGAUAAAGAUGAUAUAUUCGUUGCCAUAGACUACGAUUCGUCGAAUGGGUACGUGCCAAAGCGCUACGCGAGGGAGAACCUUCACCAACUCCAUCUCACGGAAACGGCGCACAAGUAUUACGAGUCCAUCGAGGGUGUGCCUAGGGGCUUCGAACAGCACGAAAGGUCAUACAACAGCACUUAUAACGACCUUUUCAACCGCGUGGUGGAGAAUAAUGAGGAUAUGAACCACUUCGCGUUUUACUCGAAGGCCAAGGACCGGCCGCCGAUGAUCAUCAUCAACGCACCCAAAAACACGGUGGUGAAACAGUUCGAAUUCAACACAUUCGGGCGGAAGAGGGACCCCAACCACCCCAACAGGGCCAAGAAGUCGGGGCUGACGGGGGACCCUAUACCGGACAGGAUACAGCGUGCGUAUAGGCCGUUUUCGUACAUCGACCUGCGAAGCGUGCAGUGUAAUAUGAGUGACGCCACCCUACAAAUUAGGGCCAAACUAACACACGUGCCGCCGCCUCCAGACAUGAAGAAGAUUUUUCAACUGAGCAUCGGCCAUGGUGAAGUUUGCCCGCCACGGAUGUUUCCGGUUGAACAGGUUCACGGCUGGAUGUACAACUGGCACCACUUCCCCAAGUACGAUCUGGAAUACGAUAUGUCGAAGCUGCAACCGCCAGAGCCGGAUCCCGAAAUGGAAGCAUGCAUGGAAAUGCCUGACGACGAUCCCAUGACCAAGCGUGAGGCUCUCCGGCUAAUGCGGGAGUACGACGAAUGGAACAAGAAAAACUUAUAA